AUGCCCAGCGUCAGAGAUAUACGCCGCCGUAUCCGCAGCGUGGAAAACACCGGCAAGGUGACCAACGCCAUGUCGCUUAUUGCGGCAUCCAAGAUGCGGCGCGCCCAGAAUGCGGUGCUGCAGGGUCGGCCCUACUCGGAGAAGAUCCAGGACGUGAUCGCUCACCUCGCCGCCCAGCCCUCCGAUGACGCUUCCGCAUCGCAGCCGCUGCUGCAGGUGCGGCCGGUCGAACGCAUCGCGGUGCUGGUGAUCAGCCCGGACCGCGGCCUGUGCGGAGGGAUGCACGCCAACCUGAACCGUCGCGUGGGCCAGUUUAUGCUGGACCAGGGUGUUCCAGUACAGGUCGUGGCGGUGGGGCGCAAGGGCCGCGACUUCAUGGUGAGGUCCGGCAGCGACCUAAGGGCGGUCUUCACCGAUCUGGGAGAGACCCCCUCGCUUUUUGAUACCGUGGUCAUUUCCGAUAUGCUCGUCGAUCUCUACGCGGAAUCCGAGGCCGACGAGGUCUACGUGGCCUACACCCGCUUCAAUUCCACCCUGUCGCAGACCCCUGUUGUGGAGCGCCUGCUUCCGAUUACGCCUUCAGAGCUGACCGGAGCUGAGCGGGUGGGCUAUAUCUACGAGCCCGACAGCCUGGUUGUGUUGCAGAGGAUCCUGCCACGAUUCAUUGAGAUGCAGGUUUAUCAUGCCCUGCUGGAGUCCAUAGCCAGCGAGCAGUCGGCUCGCAUGGUUGCCAUGCGCAACGCUACCGACAACGCCAAGCAACUCGGCGAAGACCUGACCUUGGUGAUGAACAAGCUGCGCCAGGAAAGCAUCACCAACGAGCUGCUCGAUCUUGUUGGCGGAAUGGCAGUGCUCGAGAAGUAG